GCAAUACGCUGUAGGUUCCGAGUUCGGAUUGUUUUUGUUAUUGAAUAUGUUGACGUUGAAUUGUCAGUUUCUUGCUGGAUGUUUUAUAUUUUAAAUAAUUUUAUUACAUUACUCAAUCAGCAAAAAACAUUUAGCGGUUGCUGAUUAAAUUAUUUUUAACAAUAGUUCUAGUUUCAAUAACGUCAAUGAAGUAAUAAUAAUAAACUUCGCCAUGAUGAGUGUUGUAAAUUUGAUAGUGCUGCUGAUUAUAUCCCUUAUUUCUAAAGGAGUAACUGCUGAUCCUCUUACUACUACUGCUUUGCCUGUUAAUCCUCCUGUUUGGAGUCCGACUUAUACACUUCAAGGAAUUUUAAACAUCCCUUAUGCUGAAAUAGAGGAACUUAUUUCUGCCUGGUACGAUGGCCCUUCCAAACAAUCUCGCAUUGAUUAUUAUGGAGACAUGGUCAAAACUUGUCAACUGGGUGGAUCAGGUUAUGGUACUAGCCUAAAAAUUGCACCAGUUACGACCGAAACCGAAGAAAAUGUGAAGACAUGUCUACAGGUCAAUGGUUCGAAAGAGAAUACAAUCAAUCCUCAAAUGGUGUUACCAGACUUGACAGGAUUCAAAUUAGCCGGAAAAGAAAUAAUUAACGGCAAAGAGACAGAAAAAUGGCAUUUAAUCGAAACUAUUGGAAACAAAGAAAACAGAUACAGCAUGUGGAUUAUUUACAAGCCAAAUCCUAAUGAUGUUUCUUCUCAAAUACCUGUACCAUUGAGAUAUGAAAUGAGAGGUUUGAAUACAUUGCUUGGUAGUCAUUAUGACCAUUACUAUAUAGAUUACAUUACGUAUGCCAUAGAUGCCAUCUCAGAGGACACAUUUAGAAUUGACGAAAAUAUGACUUGCAGUUCGUUCCCAGGACCUGGAGAUAAGCAUAUUUACACUUUCAACCCCAUAGCCGAAUUUAUCAGACCAGAAUAUACCGGUCAUCUCGAUUUCGAAUUCAACAAGUACAUUCAUAAACACAGAAAACAAUAUGAAGACGAAAAAGAGCAUCAAUUACGUAAAGAAUUGUUCAGACAGAAUAUCAGAUUCGUCCAUUCAGUUAAUAGACAAAAUAAAGGUUUUACUUUGACAGUUAAUCACCUGGCUGAUAAAUCUGUACAAGAACUCAAAGCCCUUCGCGGAAAAAAAUAUUCUGGCGUUUAUAAUGGAGGCCAACCGUUCCCUUACAAAAAUAUUAAUAAGGAAACUUUAGCAGACCAGUGGGAUUGGAGAAUUUAUGGUGCAGUUACACCUGUGAAAGACCAAUCUGUGUGUGGUUCAUGUUGGUCAUUUGGUACUGUAGGAGCAAUAGAAGGAGCAUAUUUUUUGAAAAACGGAGGAAAUCUGGUUAGAUUGUCUCAACAGGCACUUAUAGAUUGCUCUUGGGGUUAUGGUAAUAAUGGGUGUGAUGGCGGUGAAGAUUUCAGAGCGUACCAAUGGAUGCUUAAGCAUGGCGGUAUUCCAACAGAAGAAGAUUAUGGUCCAUAUUUGGGUCAAGACGGAUAUUGCCACGCUGGGAAGGUACCUAAAGUAGCGAAAAUCACUGGAUGGGUAAAUGUCACAAGUAAUGACGAAAAUGCUCUGAGAUUAGCCAUAGUCCGUCAUGGCCCCAUCAGUGUCGCAAUUGAUGCUAGUCACAGAACUUUCAGUUUCUAUUCUAAUGGAGUAUAUUACGACCCAAAAUGUGGUAACAAAGAGGACGAGUUAGACCACGCCGUAUUGGCCGUGGGUUAUGGUACCAUAAAGGGACAAGAUUAUUGGUUGAUCAAAAACAGUUGGUCCAAUUACUGGGGAAACGAUGGCUACGUUUUAAUGUCGGCCAGGGACAACAAUUGCGGUGUCAUGACAACUCCAACUUAUGUAACAAUGUGAAAAUACUCUACAUCAAAAAUUAAUUCGAAUCUUUAGUUUAAACUGAUUUUUUUUUUGUGAAUAUUUUGAAGGGACUCUCUAUUUUUAAAAUAAGCCAAUCGAGAUUUGUAUUUUGUGAUUUAUUAUUAAAUACUUUGUCGUUUAAAUAAAUUGUAUUUUGUUUUCUUUACAGUAUCUUAUUUUAAUUCAUAUCGUUAUAAUAAUAAUUAUUAGAGAUGGGACUUUUCAUGAAAAGUAAUUUUUGGACUAGUCCGACGGACAUGUCACAUAAGUAGUGAAAAGUCAUGAUGAAAAGUAGUCGACUUUGAGCAUAGAAGACACACAGUUAAAUCUCUAUCCUGGAUGUUUUUCAAAAGCACUUUUUCUAAAGGCAAAUCAUUUGUAAAAUAAGUUGGAUUUUUUGGUAAUGUUUUCACAAGUUUAAUUUAAUAAGAAAUUAAUGAAACGAAAAUAUCAUUUAAGCCUUAUAAAAGUCAGUAAACAUUUGUUUCUUUCUUGUACUAAUUUUUGCCUUUGUAAGAAAUUCAGGCGAAUUAGUUGAUUUAAUUUCGCGCAUGCGCAAUACACUUUUGUGUUUUGACUUUUCACUAAUAAUUAUAAUUAGGGCUGGGUGAAUAUUAAAAUAAAUAACGAAUAUUUUAGAUGAAUCGAUUAAUUAAAAAUAAUCGAUUUUUUUCGAUGAAUCGAUUAUUCAUUUAUUAGAUUAUUUUCGAUGCAUGGAUUAUUCAAUUAAUAUAUG